AUACGAUUCUGCAGAUAAGAAUCAGUGAACAGAGAAGAAGAACAAGAAGAACAAGAAGAAAAUGCCUUGCCUUAACAUUUCUACAAAUGUCAACCUCGAAGGUGUCGACACCUCCUCUGUUCUCUCUGAGGCUUCAUCCACCGUUGCCAAGAUCAUCGGCAAACCAGAGGCCUACGUGAUGAUUGUGCUGAAGGGAUCAGUACCCAUGUCUUUUGGUGGCAAUGAGCAGCCAGCAGCAUAUGGCGAGUUGGUGUCUAUCGGUGGUCUGAACCCUGAUGUCAAUAAGAAACUGAGUGCUGCAAUUUCUGCAAUUCUGGAGACCAAGUUGUCCGUUCCCAAGUCAAGAUUCUUUCUCAAAUUCUACGACACCAAGGGUUCCAACCUCGGAUGGAACGGCACCACUUUCUAAGUUUGCCACUUAGCUGCUUCUGUAAGCUCUUGAAAUUCUCAACUUUUAUGUACUGGGACAGUGUUAUAAGGAUUUGGCAGUAUGAAUACUUAAUAUUAUAUCGAGUAUUAUCUAGUUUUAUUGUGACUUGUGGUUA